CAUGGACCUAUUGGCUGGAACCCAGUUUGCGGCGCAUCUGGAUGUACACACAACGGUGUGAAUUGGAUCGGCAUGUGCCUACAUAAUAUGGAUCUAUAACAUCUAACAUUUUAACCACUAUGGUUGUGUGGCUGCUUAUCUAACAGGUCAGAUCAAGAAGAGGAACCGAGCAGAGCUCCUGGCUGCUGAGGUGUUGGAGACCAUGGCCGAGGCAGAAGAGCAGUUGGCCAAGGGGGAGAGCAGCUCCCAGAUCAUCUCCCUGAGGUCGGAGACCCCGGAGCAGCCCGCAGAGGAAGGGGGGAUGGUGGGACCGGCCAUGAGGAGGAAGAGGAGGAAGAAGAAGGACCCCCGUCCCGAGUCCAUCAUCGUGUUCCGGUCCGAGUCGGAGAGGACUGGCGGGGAGGACCACGGUGGGGAGGAGGGUCCGGAGAGGAGCGCCGAGGAGGCGGCCAAGUUCCUCUGCACGCCAACAAGUGAAGGUGGAGGCUGGAGCCUGCCCCCCGACAGCCGCUAUGUCACGCUGACCGGCACCAUCACCCGGGGCAAGAAGAAGGGCCAGCUGGUGGACAUCCACGUCACCAUGACGGAGAAGGAGCUGCGGGAGCUGGCCAAGUCCAAGGAGCGCCUGGACGCCGAGUGCGAGGCCGGCGAAGGCUCCUCGCGCCGCUGCGGCCUGGGGGUCUGCCAGGGGCCCCACGUGGUCCUCUGGAGCCUCUCCUGCGCCCCGCUGGUGUUCCUGCUCUCCUUUGUGACGUCCUUCUACUACGGCACCCUCACCUGGUACAACGUGUUCCUGGUGUACAAUGAGGAGCGGACGUUCUGGCACAAGAUCACCGUCUGCCCCUUCCUGAUCGUCUUCUACCCCCUGCUCAUCAUGCCUGUGGCACUGGCGCUGGCCCUGUACUCAGCGGUGGUGCAAGUGUCCUGGGCCUUCGGGCCCUGGUGGCAGGCGGUCAGGGACCUGGAGAAGGGCUUCUGCGGCUGGGCGUGCGGGAAGCUGGGGCUGGAGGAUUGCUCACCAUACAGCAUUGUGGAGCUGCUGGAUUCAGACACCCUCUCCGGGACCCUGCAGAGCAAGGCCCCCUGCGAACUGGCCCAGACGUCGUCCGUGUGAGACCGGGUAUGACUCUGCCUACGAGUGUUGGUUUCUCAGACAAUCGAUCAAAUGCGGGAAGGUUUUAGACGAUACACUGGAAAAGGUUUGAUCAUCUGAGGUAAAAUCCUUCUUUUAUUUAGAACUUGUCUUGCACUGCGCUGGCCUCAUUUGGCCCUUCCAUUUAAACUAUUAUUGCUAUUUAAAAUUGAAACCAUGUUUGAAUAAGGCUUGCAGAAAUCAGAGAAGACCUUUUUUAUCCUAACUCAAAGUUUAUGCUCUCAGCUACUAAUACCUCGGAAACAAGAUCAGUCACACAAUUCCUCCAGAUUAAGUUAUAUUAUUGUACAGCUGUUAUGUCACUCAGAAAACUAUAAUAAUUAGUGGCUUUGAGUGCUUGGAAAGGAUAGAUCUGAAGAUGUCCAUCACUCUAUCACUCAUUGCAACAUUUUGGAAUAACCUUCUUCAUGUAUAUAAUUCGUAUUAACUUCAGUGUUUGUUAACUUAUAACUGUGUUGUACUGGUGUACUACUGUACGAGGAUGUGAUCAUUAUCAUCCGGUGGAAAUACAUAGUUUUCAUAAGAUGAGAUCAAUACAUUUCUUCAAUCUGUUGACAUUUGAAGAAAUGGACAACAGAAAACUGUAAUGUACUUCUAAUGAUGUUAUGAAUCGAUGUGUGCACUAAGCAUCAGAAAAUUAUGUUCCAUGAUAUCUCACAUCAUUUCAAUCGAUUUCCUCCUAUUCCUUCAAGGCGUUUUAACGGGUGGUCUGUGGACCCUCCUGAUUUUACGGCUAGUCUAUUGACCCUCAUAUUUAACGGGUGGUCUGUGGUCCCUCCUGAUUUAACGGAUGGUCUAUUCACCCUCCUGGCUUUGUGACCAGGCGGGUAACCGAUUAAAGUACAACCGGCCCUAAUCCGCUAUUGGUUUGGGACACUCCCUACAAUCCUGAGUCAAGACUAAAUUCAUCAGCUGACUUGGAGAGUAAUCUCAUUCUACUUUUUUGACAUUUUCCUGAUUAGUUGUAUGUGUAGUGGAUACAUCGCUCUUUGGUGUUUGGUUUUUAGAUCUGUUGUCCAUUACUUUACACAUGAGAGAAAGAGAACGUUGGUUAAGCCAACUCUUCUCUUUGUAACACCUUGUUGCCAUGUAUGUAAAGAUGAGGAUCACUGUCAUAUUUUUAAUGUUAGGUAGCUUUAAAUUAUUUGAAUAAAUUUGAGGCUAGUCCACUAGCUCAAAUCCUGAAAGUAUAGCGAUUUGUUAAAGAUAUUGAACACAACUGAAUGAACACAAUCUUUUGCAAAGGCAUGAUACAGUUAAAGUUUGUUCUGAUGGUGUCGCCUGAAAGGUCAAUGUAAAGAUACUUAAAAUACAUCAUUCAAACACUGUCUAAAUGUACAUUGAAAUGCUGAAAUCUUGCUGGUUUAGUCUGUAUGAGAUAUUUCUUGAUUUCAUAUGUUUGCCAAAGAGAUGGAAAUUGAAUGGAAUAUAAAUGAAUGAAAUAAACGUUUACAACAUUAU